AUCUGGUGACGAGACUACAGGUGAGCAGCUAGGGGGUGGCUCCAAGCCACUUCAGCAUCGAGACUUCUUUGCUGUGCCACAUGAACGUGCUGAGGUCGAGAAAAUUGUUGCUGAAGCUGUUGACAUCUUUUGGAACCUGCGGCGAUGUGGGGAGCCCUGGGAGUCGGUGUCAGUGCCAGCCUCAUUUUUGCAGGAGGGAGAAAAUGAAGAGAUAACAACAGAGCCCAGAGCCAACACAGACAUUGUCACAUGCAGUCGACGCUCCUACAGGCAUCUUCUGUUUCGACCUGACUGGUGAGAUUCUGCGUGAAAUGUAUCAGUACGAGAACGAAGUUGAACCUCCUGCUUGGCAGAAGCCAGUGCCCAAGCGACAGCGCUACUACAAGGGUAUCACACCCCCGACCACAGUGGACGUGCUUCUGCCGGUGGUUCAAACUGCAGCCAUCAGCAUCCUGGGGCUGAAUGGGGCCGUUGGCAAGAUGCGGGGCAAGACUGCCAACAAGUGGAGCGUGCGCAAGAAGAAGGACCAUGUUGAUGCUGUGCUGGUGAAGGAGCUGCAGGAGGAGGAGGCUGACUGGAUCAGCUACAACCACGACGAGACAGCUGUGAAGUUACAGCUGACUGACACCAUCUUUGAGUCCCUGCUCGCGGACACCGUUGAUGCUAUCAAUAGAGUUCAGACACGAAGCAGCUGCUUUUUAUAAUUGAGAGAAAUUUCC